AGUUUUUAACGAGUGCUAUGAGUGGGCACAUGUAUAAUUAAGAGCCGUAUUGGAGAAACACCCGAGUUUUUGUGCUUUUUAGGAAACUCAGCCUUUCCCUUUCAUGAUGAACAAGUUGGAGUGGCAGUGAAGUGAACUGCCCGUAAAAACGCAGUCGGGGGAUACGAUCGCUGCCGCGAUAGCCGCCACCACCCCACACCGCAAUUCCGUGAUUACACUCUAAAGCUGUGGGAUUGACACCAUAUAUAAUAGGUUAUAUCUAAUCUCUAUGGCUUGCAUCCGACAGCAGAAGAACAUGCUUGUAUCGUAUGUUUGUUACAUAUGAUUGAAGAAUGACUUUAACGAAACGGUAUGUGCUGAGAUUGUUCAUAUCAAUAAAGUACAUUACUGCAAAUGUGGUAGAUCGAAACAGCGGACGAAUAGUAGCAACAUCAUCCACCGCUGAACAUGACAUCAAGCAGUCUCUCGAGUGUGGCCGGUCCUGCAAUGCAAAAGCAGCUGCUGUUGUUGGGGAAGUAUUGGCCAGACGGCUCAAAGUUGAGGGGCUUAAUGAAGGAGAAGGAAGAGGUAUUCAUGUAAAUGUAAAUAAGGAAAUAGAAAAGAAAGGAUUUAAGAGCCAAACCAAGAUUUUGGCUGUGGUAAAUGCUCUUAAGUACAAUGGUGUUAAACUCGUCCGUGAUGAUGAAGAUGAUGGAAAUAAUCCCUGACCUCAUUCAUAAGAUAGGAAUGGAAUCUUGUGCUAAGAACAUCUCUGAUACAACAAAAGUGCUUGGAAAUGGAUAUGUCUCGUUUCUUAGAGGCAGCUGAGUUAGAUGUAAUUGAAAGCUCUUUAAUUUAAUUAGUCCACACCAUGAAUUUAUUGAUAAUAGAAUUUGUUGCGACCAUUGUAAUUGUAACGUUGUACACAUUAUUGAUAUUCUUAAUUUGAGAUAAAACUGGAACUGAUUGAAUUGGUUGGA